CACUGCGAUUGCGUUCUUGUUGGUGGUGAGUUGUGGUGGUUGAUUGUGGCAGCUGCUCAUUCUCAACUCGACGAGGCAAUAGCGACGAGUGCAGCAGCGACACGAGAUGGACGACGACGCCACGGCGCACGUGAAGCGCCCGCGCAUCUUGAUGAUUGGCCGGUACAUGUACCGCACCAACCUGCCGCCACUGGACGAGCGCGUUGCACCGUACAUGGAAGACGACCACCUUGGCAUGGACGCGGAGGAGGACGUGGCGGUGGAAACGCUGGAGAGCGGCGUGCUGCGUUGCGAAAUCGACGUUCCGCGCGCCCUACAUGGCCUGGUCAUCGGUCGAGGAGGGGCCAAGAUAUCGGGCAUCGAGAAGGACACGCAGACGCGCAUCAAGGCGCCCGGUAAGCGGAGCAAGAAAACCACGUUCGUGCUGGAGGCAGACAGCAUGGAGAACCUGGACUCUGCGCGCACACGGUUGCAGCUGGCCAUGGACGAUGCCAUGAAGAAAUGCGCGCCCACCCACUUUGUCUCCAUCCCACUGACAUCGCCACAGCUCACCGAGGCGCUGGACACCUUCUCCCAGACGGUCAUGCAGGCAUGCGGCAACUCCCCAGGGCUGACAAAGGAGCUGUUCAUUGACAAGGCCAGUUUCCACCUGACGCUCGGCGUCAUGAAGUUGUUCACAGAGGCGGAUAUCGAGCGGGCAAAGGAGCUGCUCGAAGGCAUCCGGCGCGACUGCGGGGAGCUGUUGCCCACCACCGACCGCACCAUCACCAUCCGCGGUCUCGAUAUCAUGCAGCCCGCACCGGAGCAGGCCCACGUGCUGUAUGCGCGUGCGUCCCUGGGCGCGUCAGAUGCCCUGCAGGCGUUUGCUGACGCCGUGGCUGCGCGCUACCACCAGGCAGGCCUCUUUGACGAGCCAGAGGUCAAGCUCCACGCCACGCUCAUCAACACAAAGUUCCGCAGAGCUGUCACUGCCGGUCGGCGCCCGAAGCGGGUUGCGUUUGAUGCGAGCAAGAUCCUGCAGCAGCUCGGCUCGCACGAGUUUGGCACGUGUGCGCUGGAGGAGGUGCACCUGUCGCGCAUGUCACGCCGCGACGGCGAGUACUACAUCCCGGAGCACGUGGUGGACGUGUCGUGUGCCGAUGCAACAGCCACGCCCGCCGUGGACGCAGAGGCGAUGGCGACAGCAGCCACGGCAGAAGUGGCUGAGACGGAGAGUGGAGACACGGAUGUGGCGGUUGAGAGAGGUGAAAGUUCAGCAGCAUUACAGCAGCGGCAGCGGGAGGGAGACGAUGCGUUGCGGCAGCGGAGUGGAGAAUCCGUCAACUGGGACGACGAGCCCGGCUGCGGAUGAGAGAGUGUCCGUGUCAUGUGUGUCCGUGUGUGUGUGUCUGUGUGUCUGUGUGUGUGUGUGUGUGUGUGUGUGUCUGUGUCUGUGUCUGUGUCUGUCAU